AGGUUGUACUCGGUUGAGGAGGCUCAAGAUUCAUUUUCACAAAGAAACUUAUACAGGGCUACAACGCCUUUCUUGUUUUGCCACAAGGACAAGACAUAGAACUUUUAUGAAUUUAAAAGGGAAAAUAUCUCCCAGCAGAAAUUAUUGCAUGAACUGCAAUCACUACAAGCGUUUGUCCAAAAGGAAGCUCAUUAAAACAAGUAAUCAAUCAUGGCUCUCGUCAAUGUCAACAGAAAGAACAUGGACCAGUUCUAUCGUUACAAGAUGCCAAAACUCCUAGCUAAGGUAAGAUGAAUUUGAUAUUUUUAGGAUGCCAUGUGCAGUUUGCACCUACAUUUGACCCUUGAAGUACAUGUCAUAAUAUGCGCAAGUUCAUGGUUUAUCUGUUGUUUCAGGUUUAGUUAAUAAAGUAUGUCUUAUUUGUUGACAAUGCUCUAUAUUCUCAUCAAAGAAUCGUGCAAUAUGGCUAGUAACAAAAAAAUAAUUAGCAAUAAUUGUUAUUAUCAGACAAGGUUGAGCAAAAUAUCGGGAUUUGCUAGCGAUGAGCAGGGCUGAGGCAAAUGGUUGAUCCCUGAGAAAUCGACAAAUCACAAUAUUUUGCAAUAACCAAGUUCAGUAAUAUUGUUUUAUUGUUUGAUCGCCAAGUUUGUUUUUUAGGGCCUGUUUACAUGGAGGUGGGUAAUCCCAGAUAGGUGAGGUAACAUGUGGCGAGUCACCUCACCUAUCAUGUGAAUGUGAUUAAAAUAAAAUGAGAGAUUAUAUGGUCAGGUGGGUUACCCCACCAAAGUGGGUUACCUCACUCACCUGGGGUCCCCCACCUCCAUGUAAACAGGUCCUUAGUGGAAAUCUUCGGUAAGCAAAGCAAUCUGCCAUUUUCACUCAAGAGUAAUCGCAAGAAAGAGAAUAGUGUUGUCUCUCAGCCAAUGAAAAGGAAAAAUAAAUUUUAAAUUUUAUUUGCAUCAAAUGAUAAUGAUUUAAAUAAUUAUUAUUAGUUUCUGCUCUAUAUAUAAUAGUUUUUUGAUAAUUUGAUUGAAAAAUAUUGUGUUUACACUUCAGGUGGAAGGGAAAGGAAAUGGAAUCAAAACAGUAAUUGUCAAUAUGGUGGAGAUAGCUAAAGCAUUGCAGAGGCCACCUGCAUGUAAGAUAGCAUGAACUGUUGUUUAUGUUUGUCUGUUUGCUUUCUUGUUGUUGGUUUGUCUUACUUUUUUGUUGUGGCUACUGCCUCUUGAGGAAAGGCGUAGCCAUUAUGGUCCGUGAAAGUAAGUGAGUAAGUGAGUAAUCAACUAAGUAGGCAGGGAAGUAAGUAAACUUCCACAGGAAACUUGGGGUGAAUGACUUUCUUCAUUUCACACUGUUGCUGUGUUUUGCCUUCCUUCCAAAUGAAUAUUAUGUUAAAUGAAAGUUUUCUUAUACUUUCAAUUUGCAACAUGUCAUGGACUUCCAGGUUUCUUCUUUUUCUUAGAUCCAACUAAAUACUUUGGUUGUGAGUUGGGAGCCCAAACCCAAAUUGACCUAAAGAAUGAGCGUUACAUCGUCAAUGGGUCACAUGAUGCAGACAAGUUGCAAGAGAUACUUGACGGAUUUAUUGAGAAGUUUGUGUUGUGUCCAGAUUGUGAAAAUCCUGAAACUGUGCUGGUAAUGUGUUAUUUAUUAUUGAGAAUAGAGCAUCUAGGGGUGGGGGACAUAGGAUUGGGACAAUUGGAAUACUAGUACUACUAUAAUAAUAAUCUGUAUUUAAAAUUCAAUACCUGGAUUUGCUAGUGGUACAAUGGUACAUCUCCUGCGUAAAAGUUAAAAAACCCUUGCUAGACAAUUAAAAAUAAGGAGCUCGAGAUAGUACAAAUUACUUGUUUUUUUAUGCCAUUUUCUCAAAACAGACAUUGUACUGAAUAGAUGUGAUUUGUUUGGUGUGAAGGUGCAAGUGAUUUUUUCACUUGGUAAAAAGUUGGCAUACACCUGUAGUUUCACAAAGAAUUUGGCCAGUCUAUAAGGCUUAUUUUGAAGAUAUUUUCGUUUCAAUUUUAAUUUGAAGAAAUUUGACUCCAUGUAUGAAGAUGGGCUCUUGCCAUGAUCAAGUAAUUCAGAUAUGUUUUGUCAUUUUCAAUGUCUAGAAUGUAGAGCCACGCAAGGAAAGGAUUGGACAGUCAUGCAAAGCAUGUGGAUACAGUGGAGUUCUUCAUAUGCAACAUAGACUCAUUACCUUUAUUUGCAAAAAUCCUCCAAAUGAAGCAGCAGGAACCCCUUCUAAAAAGUGAGAUAAAUGCACGACUGAGUUCUCUCUUACAGAUUUUAAGAUGGUGUGCAACAAAAAGCAAUCAUGACUAUGCUACCUAUCCUAUUUGAAAUUUGUUUUUAAUGCUCGCACACUAGAACAUGAAUUUACCUACUGUACAGCUAUAUACCUGCACUAGUAACCAUGGGAUAGGUAUUGUCCUUUAGGAAGCCCAAUAAGGCCCAAUAUUAGUGCUCAGAUCACCUUAUAUGAAUAUAAGCAACAUGUUUCAAAAUGGUGGUAAAUGGAAGCAAUGUUUUGCUACCAUGAAAUACCUGAACAUUCAUUUUCUCAAAUCAACAAUUGUAUGUAGAAAACAUUCUGAAGAUUAAUAGUGAAACACCCUUCUAAAUUUAAGUUGUUUCGCUUUUGGUGUUAUACAUGAAAAGUCUUGCAUUACUGAAAUUUUUAUCAUCCUUUUUAACUUAAAAAAUGGUCGUGGUAUUGUUUGUAUAUAAGCACUAUAGAAUGCACUUUCAUAUAAUUACCUAUACGUGCUCUUGAAAAUAUUUUGUCUUCAUGCAAGAAUGCUUAAUGAAUUUGUAAAUACAAAAACAAGGCCAAUUUGUGAAAAUGAGUGCACUUUCAUGGCAAUAAUACUGAUCACCUCAGUAUUGAAACUAUUAUUUUCUGAUAAUGACUAGCAAAAGGUGUAUUUUGUCCAAUACAUGAACUUGACAAAAUUUGACCCUUCAUACAAUGGAAAUGUUUGUGAACAGGAUUAGGCUGAACAUGGGUCAUUAUUUUUGUCAAACAUUACCACGGAUAAUUGAAGAUUGAACGGUCAGCUUAGUGUUUCUUUCUUUAAGCAGUAUGAUAUUGCUUAUGUCUUUCAUUUAAAGUGGUAAAAACUCAUUCUUUACUUUGUAGAGACAAAAAGGAACGACGCAGAGAGAAGCAGAAAGGGCAACAAAAUGGGGAAACUAGCCCUACCCACAAUCCAAUGCAACCUGGGGAGAAUGGGAUUGAAAACCCUGACUUCAACAAAGAGGUAAGUUUUAAUUAUCAAAAUAAAGGCAGUUUUAUCCUUUCCAUCAGUAACAACAGUAAUGAAAAUUGGGCCAAAGUUUUUUAUCACUGGUGUAGUCACUUCAGAAUUUCCUCGAAGUUUAUUGUGUGGGGCAUCUUUAAGUUCAGUGACCUCGUGUAAAAUUGUUCUUAUCUGCAUCAAGCCUGGAUACCCUUUUUUGUCCCAUCCAUUCAGCUUUGCAGUGACUUUUAAUCAUGCCUAAAGGUUACAAAAGAGUAAUUUAAAUCCUGAUUUCUCAAAGCCUUUGGUUUUUUCUUUCUUUAAUUCCUGAUAAUUCAAACCAAUUUGCUUUUCCCAAGGUGGUUAGUAAAAUACAGACUGUAGGGUUUCCACGGUAGUUUAAAUCAUUGCAGAGUCACUUUAAUCCUGUUGUUGGAAUAGUGCAGGAUUCUCAUUAUGUGCCUGUAAACGGCUUAAAAACCAGCUACUUUGUGGUCUGGGUCAUUUACUAUUGGGAGAAAAUGGGUAAAGUGAGGGAGUGAAAGCCUUAAAUUGGCUACAGCACUUGAUUACCAAGCUUCCUACUUUUGCAUCCUACCUGUCUACUUUAAAACUUAAUGAGAACCCUGUAAUGUGUUUAUUUAUUGCAGCCAGUUGCAGCUGCAGAUGAUGAUUGGAGUGUAGAUACAAGUGAAGAAGCUGUGCAGAAGAGAAUGGGAAAUCUUUCCUCAGGUGUUAAAGGAUUAGCACUAACUGACGAUACUGAAAAGACGCAGGAAGAGCGCUUCAAUCUGUUUUAUUCCUUUGUUAAGGUACUAGUUUUUUAAUUGAGUUGUAUUGGAAGUCUCCAAGAGCAGUUCGAGGAACGUAGAAAUGAUUAAUUUGUGUACCAUUAACAACAAAAUAGUGAUUUCAGUUUCAAAAUGGAAAUUGGCAAAGGUUUGACCUUAAUCUUAAAGAUCUUUCACAAUAACUACACACCAUGAUUUUGGUCCAUUUGCUUGGUGUUAUUUCAGGAAUAUGUACACUGCUAAAGUUACUACUUACAUUUAAAUGGUGUUAGUGAUCCAUGUUUAAAUGUUACCCUUCAUUAAUACUAAUCCUUUUUUAUUCUUAAUAGGCAAAAAAGGAAACAAGCAGCGUGGAAAAGGGUGCAAAAGAGAUUGUUGCCGAAGCAGAAAGGCUUGAUAUAAAGGACAAAGCUGUGUUAGCCCUUAGUGAAGUACUUUUUGAUAGUAAAAUGCUCAGCCAAAUCCCCAAGUUCCGAAAUCUGUUUUUGAGGGUGAGUUUUGAGUUGUAUUUGCCUGAAAGCCCCUUGUGACCAACACAUUGAUUCAAGUUUCUUAGAAGCAAUGUACAUGUGUAUAAAAUGCAAGGCUCAUCCUUGGUGUGAAAACUUGUGAAAACUCACGAGUGAUGUAAAACAAUGAAUGCAAAGAACCCAUUGAGAAGUCAACACAAUAGAGCCAUGGAAAAUAAUAGCUAGAAAACAAAGAAAUACUUCACAGGUUUUUUACAACGAGGUAAACCCAAAUGUAAUGUAGUCUUGUAUAGCCAAAAUGUCACAUGUCUUUCCUUUCAUGUAGAAAGCAGAAACAUAGGUUAACCUUUUAUUGUGUCUGGCUAGAAUAAGUUACCUGGUCAUAAUAGUUUGAUGAUGAUGUUGGCAUAAAUUCAUGUUUGCCUUGUUUUUACUUUAGUUUGUUAAUGGUAACCACAAGGCCCAGAAGUACCUGCUGGGUGCAUUUGAGCUGCUUAUUGGACAGUCUUUUCCUGAUGAGUUGAUGCCUAAGGCAGCUCUUAUUCUAAAAGCAUUUUAUGACUCUGACCUUGUGGAGGAGGAGGUGAUCUUACAGUGGAGCGAAAAGGUAAACAACGAGCUAAAGUGGUAAUCUGUUGCUAUCUGUCUGUAGCAAAGCCAGUAGUGUCUUGUUAUUAGUGAAGUUAUGCAGUAGAGAGGCGAAGUCAUUACCACACACUGCCAUGGUAGCAAAAUUUCUGGACAACAACAAAGGGAAAAUGUCACUUAAAAAGUGAAUUCACACUGUUACAAAUUUCUUCGAUCUUAUUCAGUUUCAUUUAAUUUGUAAAAUCAUGGCGAAAUUGUCUGGGCUUGAAUCCGAAAGGACCAUAUCUGGUUUAGAAAGAGAAAAAGAACAUUUUUCGUUCUGUGUUCACCAGCUCCUUAAAACGUGCAUGUGAAAUUAGGAAGUUUCUUAUCUCACACUUGCAGUGACUGCUAACUUGAAGAAAUGUCCAAAAAAGUGUGAUGCACAUGCAAAGUUGUUGUUUUGCUGAUGUACCGAUUGCUUUUUUGCCUUUCUUGAUGUCAUCGCCGUCGUUGUUGCUUAAGCUCCCCAUUUUUGUGAUCCAGAAAUGGUAUUCCCAUGGUAACAUGACUUCACACUUCUCUCUAUUGCAUGGCAGAAGAAAGAAGACGGCAAAUAAUGUUUGAAAACAUUUUCUGCCAAACUUCUCCUUCCUUUAAAGCAAUCUGUUUGUAAAAGACCAGAGCUCUGAAAUGUAAAGUGAGGAUCACAACAAUAAGCAGAUAAUAACCAUAACAUACGUGUUGUCAUCCUCUUCUUUCUGCCCCCUGUUAACACUUGCACUGCAGCCCUUUAUACGCAAACAGACACAUACAAAUUCUCCAACCUGAUCUCCAUAUAAUGAUAUAAUUUCCUUUAAGAUUUGAUAAAAGAUCAAGGCAUUUUCUCUUUGGUGAUCAUUUUAUUAAUUCUUAUAACCAUAUCUCUUGGCAAUCUAUGGAUAUUGUUAGGAGAAAAAUGGUUCUUGGUCACUAUUGGCACUUAAAGGGGUAACUGUGAAUGGUGUAAGGGGUAGGGGUGAUCAUUAGAUCCAGUAAGAGUUGACCAAACAUGUUAAGUGUUUGGAUGAAUGUGUGAGGUGUAUAUAUUUUAAACUUGUUUUGCAUGAACUAUAAUCUCUUCAGAACUGAGGGCACAGUCUCAGUGUUCAAUCGAGAAAUUAUUCAAAGUGCGUCAUAUGUCCCACGUGACAUUUUAAAUUGUGGUAUUUCAAAAGUGGUCUGGGCCAAAGUAUAACUUUGAAACUUUGAACAACAGAUAUCAUCCAAACUAUCACCAACAGGUUUAUGCUUUUCACAGUUUUGAUGCCUUUUUUGCAGUAAACAGUCAAAUACUGAUCAUAUCAAACAACUCAACAGCCAUUCUCUUUUGCAUAAGAAAUGAAAUGAGCUUUUGUUUUUCAUUCAUAAUGAAAGAAAAACGAAAGAACAAAUUAGUUGGAAAACGAAGCGUGAAUCGAUCAUACACAUGACAUUGAAUUGAAUGCUCCAGUCUUUUUCGGAAUUGUAGAAUUGCCAAAUUUAGGAUUUAGAUGAAAGACUUUGUCAAGGCUCUGCUCGUAGAAAAACUGUGUGUAACCUACAAUCCCAGACAAAACUACUUGAGAAAGUUUUCCCCGUCAUGUCCACUUUCCUACGCAACAAAAGUAUUUCCAAAACGACGCCUUUGCGGAAAGAAAACCCCUUCCCCCAAUUCAAUGUUGCUUCCCACAAACGCCCAUGGAUCAGGCUUUCUUUUGAAUACACAACAACAUUGCUUUAAGGGGAAGGGGGAGAGGGAAGAACCAGUACAGCUACGAUGUUUAGAAAAAUGCUGUCCAAGUAUACAAUUUUCUCAACAGUUUUGUCCAAGAUUGUAGCAGCUCUGAACGGAUAAUUCAGGAUGCCCAAAAAAAGUUGUGUGAAAACAAGAUUUCCUUGUUGCCCAUAGCAAAAGCAAGUUGACCAGGCAAACCACUGCCCUAAUCUGUGAUGAAUUUUACGUUUACAGGUUUCCAAAAAGUAUGUGAGUAAAGAGGUGUGCUCUCAGAUCCACACAAAGGUGGCUCCUUUUAUCAAGUGGCUGAAAGAAGCAGAAGAAGAAGAGUCCAGUGAAGAAGAGGAAGAAGAGGAGGUGGAGGUAGUCUAUGAUACUAAGGCGCAGCAGCUAAAGGCUCAGGUUGACAACACAGCUCCAGCUGAGGAUGACGAUGACUUGGACAUUGAUGCUAUUUAAUUCACAUUUUGCUUGCCAUUGAUAACGAUGUUAAAUUGAUAAGCUAUUGAUUAAGAAGAGUCAUGUUAAUUCAUUCUGUUUGUUAAUUUUCAGUGUGAUUUAUUCUUGCGCUUGCAUUUUGUUGUUUCAUUGAAGAAAUUCACGAUAUAAAAGUUAAGUAAUUUGCAACAAAUACAUGUGUGGUCAUUUGAAAUCUUGUGUUAAGUGCCUGUAACGUAACUUAAUGAUACUAAAAAUGUGGCACUGUAAUAUUUGGAGUAUAUUAUUGCUUUCAUUUUCUGUGCAGUAAGUGCUGUAAUCAAGCAAUUUGCUGUAAUUUUGACUUUUUCACACUGCUUUGGUUUAAUUUAAAACUGAACAUUUAAGAAAAUUAAAAGCUUAGAGAUAUCAGUACUGUUGUCUUAAUUUCUGAGUUAUUCCCUAUAGUAGUUCCUAGUAAAUGUGGUAUUAUUUUAUUUAAAAAAAUACCUGAAACACUUUACUUUACUUUACCUCCUGUGUGAAAAUU